AUGUUUGGCCGCGGCUUGGCUUUGCAGACAGCGUGCAACAUGGCUGCUGACUGGGCGCGGGCACACGGCCACUAUUUGAGCAUAGAGGAGUUCAGCUUGUCGGAGGAUAAGUAUCCCUCCCUGAAUGCGAAGGGAUGGGAGGUGAAACUCCUCUGCCUUUGGAUAGCUGAAAUCACUCCAGCUUAUGCGCGAUCAAGCAAGGCUUCCUCCGAUCGCCAGUUUGCUUACGUUCUUUCAAU